UUGUCACUUGCUAAUUAGUUAGGAGUGACUAAUCGGAAAACAGUGGCAAGGCAGAGAAAAUACUCCUAUUUUCUUGGCUUUCCGUUGUCCGUGGUUACUGAGAACCCUCUGGAUUUAUCUGAUGGAGCUGGGGGGAGGGGGCACACGGUGUGCACAGAAUGGGAGUGGGAUUCUUUGUCCUCUCCUGGGCAAAUACGGGAAAUGCUGGGGGCUGUCACCACAGAAAAGGGCGGCAGCUUCAUGUAGGAAUGACAGUGUGGUGGUCACCAGUGAGCAAAACCAGGGUCUCUGGAGCCCCUGACCUUGGUCUUCUAGCAAUUUCUAACUCUGACCAGGCAAGCCAUAGGAGCACAAAAUCCCCACUGAGUUCAGGCCUCCCCGGCACCAGAAGCUAUGUGACUAACCACACCAAGAACACAGAAGGUAGGAUGAGACCCGCCUAUGCAGUCCUACCCGAUGCUGCCAAGCUUUCAGGGUCAAGAGCAGCAAGCAGCCAAAGCCCCCACUGUUCUCCUGAGCCCCCCGUGGGCAAGGCCACGCCUCCCCAAGCUGGGGGACAAGCCAUCUAUGGCCUGCCCUCUCCCAGCCCGGCCCCCAGCCAAGUGCACCCCGGUCACCCGUGGACCUCACUGCAACCUCCCGCAGCUGCCUUAACUCUCCCCCUUUCACAGAGGAGAACCCUGAGACUCCGUGCACAUGACUGGCCUCAGGUCACAGCGAGGAACAGGCAAAGCUGUGCGUCCAACCCAGCUGUGUAUCCGCUGCGUAUGAAAAGGAGAGGCGAAGGAGAAGGGCCAACAUCGGCACGUGCCAGGUGCCUGGAGGACAUGACCUCGGCCCUACAACCACGGCGCGGGUGGGUCACAUCGCACACCACAACACUUACACACGCGCACGCACAGACAGGUACACACAUGUGUGUGCGCGCAUGCACACAGAGCUCACGCAGGCACGUGUUAAAUAUGAGCGUGCACGCACAUGUGUGUGUACAUGCACGGUUUCUCGACAUAGAGGGGACGAGGGAGCCGGUCGGCACCCUGUGCCCUGCACCAGGCCCAGAGUGCCAGGUUUGGCAAAGGCCAGUCCUUGCCACCUCUGCCCUCUGGGGUUGAUUGAAUCACUGAUGGUGGUUUCCAAAGACAGUAAACAAACAAGGAGGCCUCAGGCCUGCCUCUCGGGGCUGCUUCCCCAACACCCCCACCACACUCUCGCUCGCUCUCUCUCUCUCACACACACACAGCCCAGCCCUGGCAGGGAAGAGAGGGAGAAAUCUACUUGGGCACGAUUUCGCGGCGGCCCUCUGCGUGGCUCCCGACCUGGUGGGCCGUCCAGCCGGAGGCAGGAAGUGCAGAUGUGAAACAAGGGCCCGCGUCGGCCAGGCUGGCAUUUUCCAGGGGAAAGUUCUGUCCUUCGGAUGAUUUACCAGCAGGGCGAGGUUAAUCGUGGCCUGUCAAGUACAAACGGCUCCCUCCGCCCUCAAGCAGGCCGUGGUGUGCCAGCAAGUAAGGCCAGGCUCGGCUCAGAUGCCCUGCUUCCGUGCGGCCCCAUCUGUGCACCUACCGCCCCGUCUGCUAAGGAACACACACCGGUCUGUAUCCAAAGCCGCUAGAUCUGGACCGCCGAAGGCAGAGAGCUUUUCCAAGCGCCUCACCUUUGCAGCCCGCCCAACACAACUUUCCGCAACGAUGGAAAUGGUCUGUGUCCAUCCUGGCCGGUACAGGAGCUACUACUACCCACAUGUGGCCAUAGAGUCUCUGAAAUCUGAAGAACCGAACUUUUAAUUUCGUUUAAUUUUAGUUAACUCCCAACAGCCGUAUGUGGCUAGUGGCUACCAUAUUGGGCAGCGCUGGUCUAGAACAAUGCCCAGAGCAUAGCAGGUGCUCGGCACCCGCGGGUUGGUUGAAUGAAUGAAUGAAUGAACGAAUGAAUGAUGUUCAUUACCCUACUUUAUUAGCCCACAUUAUAAGCAUCUGACAUCAGUCUUCUCCAGCAGGCUGAGAGCGCCGCGAGGGUAGGACACAGCCUUUGCUCAUCACUAUAUCCCCAGCGUUUUGCGUGCUUCCUGAGACACAGACCCUCAGUAAACAUUAAUGAAACAGAUGAACGCGUGCACGAAUGCAUGGCCUGCCUCUCAGAGCCUCGUUCCCUUUGCCGCCAAGCCCACAGAGAACAGACGGAAGAGAAAGCAGUCUGCUGGACUGGCUCCUGAACAGAUUUCCAGCCCGGUUCUUCCUUCCCACCUCAGAGACCGUCUGGGCCCCGCAUCCUGGGCUCCGUCUCACCGGGUGUCCACAGUGAGCGGCCGCCACCAGAGUGAGACGUCCUUUCUCGGGUGUCCUUCCCUCUCCCCCUGACGCCAGGGAAGAAGCCGGGGAAGUCUGCUGGCUCUAGACUCAGUUGAAGAGCAGUACUCCUCCUUCCCCUGGGGCCGCCGUUCCCUCCCCUCCCUGCUCAGGCAGCGGGGUCCCCUCAGGAGGUCUCAGAAAAAUUAUUAACUUAUAACAAUGAGGAUGAGUGUGAGCUUCUAUUAUCAAUCAACGCCUUUCAUCCCCGACCGGUGGCUGUGAUGUUCUGCAACACUGUUAUUCACAGCGAGCGAGCGUCAACUGUGUUUCUCCCCCCGACUGGCUGCCCCACUUCCUUCUGAUGUAGGUCACGAUGGGUUCUCCCUGCAGUCACUAGGUGUGCCUCCGGGGGGCGGGGGGGGGGGAGUGAUACCGCUUGGAGCAAAUGUAGGAAUUCUCUUACAGGCAUGUGGGGGACCCUGUGCUCUGUCAUUCAGCUGAGACCCAGACUUGCAACCGCACGUGGAAAUCCCGUGCAAAGAUCCUAGGGCACGUGGGAGGGCAGGCAGG